UGCGUCAAACCAAGGAUAAACGUCAAGAUGACAGGUAUCAAAUGGACAUCAUUUCAUGUAUGGUAAAGUUAAUCUAAUCUAAAGAACAAAUGGGAUAUAUGAGAUUCAGAUAAUAUCAGAUUUCCACGUGCAAAUUCUCUGUCCCCGUGUUUCAAGGAUCAAAGUUCGUCUAACUCGACAUUUGUCAACGUAGAAUGUCAUUUUACAACAGUGUAAUUCAGUGAUAAGAGUUAAAAAUCCACAUCCCAUAAUGUUGACAUCUCGUAUAAGAAUAAAUUAUGUUUGUGAGAGAGCUGUGAGUAAAUUUUAUUCUCCUGAAAAUAUAUUAUCUCAAGAAAACAGAGAGAAAACUACCUCGAAAUUCAGUACUAUGCAACCUAUCAGAUUGUCACAUUUUCCACCAAGAAAAGCAGCUGUUUUGGUUCCACUUUGUUUGAUGGAUGGUAAGAUGGCGCUUCUGUAUACAUUACGAACAUCGAAAUUGAAGAACCAUAGAGGAGAAGUGAGUUUUCCUGGAGGAAUGAUAGACGAUUCAGACAAAGAUGUUACGGAAGCUGCUCUAAGGGAAACUCGGGAAGAACUAGGUAUAGUUCCCGAAUGUGUGGACGUUUGGGGUUCUGGAAGACAACUAGUGGCUAGAGGUAAAACGACAGUUACCCCAGUACUAGGAUAUAUCAAGAAAAACUUCAAAAUUAAAGAUUUAAAACUCAGCAGAGACGAAGUUGACGAUGCAUUUUAUGUGACUUUGGAAGAUUUGUGCAACCCUAAAUUAUAUCGUCAUACACAAUUCAGGCAAGAUGACACAACAUUCAAUAUGCCUGUUUUUACAGGAGGAAAAUACCGAAUAUGGGGACUUACUGCAGUGAUUACUUAUAUUGCUUUACAUUCGUUACUCCCAGCUAGAGCUUAUAAUCAUCAAGUAAAACAAUUACAAUCAAUUAGGAUCAUACCCUGAACAAAUUAAAUUCUUUUGGACCA